AUGGCAAAAGGAAUUUGGAUCUCGGAGAAUGAACGUGAAAAAAUCCUUCAAUUGCGCAAGAAUGGAAUGCCAGUGUCGAUAAUUGCCAAGAGAAUGGAACGCAGUACCAACUUUAUUUACCGAAUCUUGAAGAAAGCCAAUGGGACAACAACAGUACAGCAGCAGACCAAGACAAGACAGGAAACAUGCAGCUCUUUAGCAAUCAAUGGGAUUUCUCUUCGUCCACUUGGCGCUGCUGGACAAAGUCAUGACGAACGCAAUCCACUCAAGAUUCAAGAUCUUACUGACUCCAAUGCAGCGUUAGUAUACGCUGUGGAUGGCAUGGAAGUGUCGCCUUACGAGCCAAUACCCAUGCCCUUGCCACAAUCGGUGAAAACCUUCGAGCAACGAGGCAGUCAAGUGCAACAAUCCCAGUGUGGACGUCUGGAUGCUACCGUCGGCUUUGUCAAUGCACCAGUUCUCCCUAACGCUGUCACAACUCAAAAUGAUAAAGCUUCGGAUCAACUUUCGCUGCUGAUAGACACAACGUCAUCUUGUUGUGCACCAAGUUCAUCUUCAGAUACUUCCAGACGUCACCAAGAGCAAAGACAGCUGUCUCUGCAGCCGUUGAAAAAGCAAAAGACUUUGACAGCAACAUGUCAAGAUCCAGUUCGAAAAAACACGCAGCCAGCUUCUAUACCGACAUCAUCAUCAUCGUUGCUUGCACAUCCACAGCUUCAACAUUCUCAAACAGCUAAGAACAUGACACCGGACUCGACUGAUCGUCUUAACAAACUUCUAAAACGGAUUCAAGACGAAAUUCGACGACUUGAAGGAUCAAAUCUGUCUGACGUUUACGAUGCUCAGCUGCUGCAAAUGCUUGUCAAAUUUCACGCCGAGAUAUUACUUAUGCAGCUACAGAGAGCUCUCUUUGAUGCUGAAUCCAGUAAGCGUGCUAAGGAUACAGCAGAUGACGACGGCAACGAAACAAGUCGACUGCUUCGCGAGAAACUGGCAAAAGAAAUUGCCCUUCUAAACGUCCAGGCACACCGCGAAACACUGGAGCUGGAACGUGAGCGAAUCAGACACAGGACAACGUCAAUGAUCUGUCGCAAAACUCUCCUGGAUGCCAACACGCCUCAAGCCGAUGUAGACCAGCUUUUUUCUCACCAGUAA